AUGCCCCCAUGGCCCAAGGAACGGAUUACCAGAGCACUUCCAUUCACGUACGUUGGUCUUGACUACCUCGGACCGCUAUUGAUCCGCACCGGCACGGAGAAAGGCAAGGUAUGGAUCAACCUGGUAACCUGCCUAACCACACGAGCUGUACACCUGGACAUAGUCUCUGGCCUAUCUGCAGCAGCCUUCUUGAACAGCAUGAGACGGUUCGCGGCGAGACGAGGCAAGCCAAAGUCUAUUGCGUGUGACAACGCACCCCAGUUCAAGUUGGUACGCUCUGUCCUGGACGAUCAUCUGAAGCUGAUUCUUGCCAACCCAGACCUGCUGUCGUAUCUCUCAACGGAGAAUAUCGAAUGGAGCUUCACAACAGAGUUUGCGCCAUGGAAGGGCGGUGUGUACGAGAGGCUGGUGAGCAUUGUCAAGAGAGCCUUGAGGAAGAGUCUUGGAAGGUGCCUCCUGACUCUAGACCAGCUCGCAACCCUGACAACCGAAGUGGAAGGCAUGAUCAAUACGAGGCCACUCACAUAUGUUGACAACGACGAGGUGUCCUCAUUCUCACCCCUGACACCGUCACAUUUCCUCUGUGGAGGAGGAACGGCAACCGGUUUUCAGACGGACAGCGACGAGGAGGACGGUCCGGAGACACCAGCAGCCAAGGUCACGAGGAUGUGGAAACGGCAACAGAUACAACUGGAUGUAGCUUGGAACGUGUGGGAAGAUGAAUACCUCCCUGCUCUGCGCGAAGCAUCAAUGAGUCAACACCGACAGUCACGGAGUAGCAUCCCUCGGACACCAACAGUUGGAGAAGUGGUCGUAAUCCAAGAGACCGGCCAGCCACGUGGAAGUUGGAGACUCGGCAGAGUGGUAGAAAUCUUACCUGGAGUCGAUGGCCAAGUCAGAGCUGUCAAGCUGAAGACGGCUAAAUCGAAGGCAGUGUUGUCGAGACCGAUCAGCAAGCUCUAUCCGCUCGAGCUGCACGUUGUGGAUGACGUCGGAGCAGUGGAGGCUGGUGAUAUGGAACACUGCCCGGCACCGGCAACGGCUAUGGAACAGGCAAUGGCGGACGAAGCUGCCCCAACCAUGUUCCAGCCUAGGCGGGCAAAUGGCAAAGCAGCAGAGAAGGCCCGUGAGCGUAUCGCAGAGUGGGUAAGAUAA